UAUGUACGCAUGCUUCUGUGUGUGUACGAAGUAGAAAGCGGCGGUAAAAACUUGUUCGAAUGUAACAAAUAAUGAUUAUUAAAGAAGAGUUAAAAAGCGAAACAUAAAUGUAGUAUUAUAAGCAAAAAGUACAGUGCACAAAAUACAAUUUGUUUAAAAACAAUCGAGUGCCGUCAAAAGUAGCAGCAGCUGAAAGUGAGACGAAAAGUGCUUGCCUGUAUCAUCAUGCUUACGAUUAUACUAUGAUCAAUAAAAAAUCAUUAGAAUUACCGACUACCUUAAAUAUUUGAUACUGUGGUAUAGAACGUGCUUUUCAAAUGAGUCGCCAUCAUAAGCAACAGCAACAGCGGCGUCGUGACCAGUGCGAAAUUGUAAGCAAUAGCACGAGUGGCAGCAGCGGCUGCGGAGGAGAAAGUGGUAUAAAUAUGUCCACAAAACGCAACGCUGCUCCGCUUGGGAACGAUGAAGUGCAGCGUCAGCAGCAACACCAGCAUUUAAAUGGCCAUCAACAUGUAUUCAAUGGAAAUGGCGCGGCUGCGGGAAGCAAGCGGAGACGGCCGAGUACACCGCCAGCAACCACAAAUAUAAACCAUGUUGGUGGGGUCGCAAAAAAAAUUAAACUAAAGCAGCAGCAUGGAGGGAACAUUGGUGGCAGCGGCGCUGCCAUUGCAAACGCCCGUGAAACAGCUUCGUCCAGCACACGGACUAACUACAACAACAACAAGCAUGUAAAAAAUAACAACAACAAUAUCAAAGUGACCACGGCCAAUGGCCAAUACACAAGGAAGCAACAAACAAACAACGAGGUGCCCAGCUCAACAACAAAUUUCACAUACCGUGAUACUUUAUCUCCAACUUCGCCCUCACUGCCGGCAAAUGUCGAUGUUGUCUGUAUUUCUGACGCUGAGAGCAUCGGGGAUGAUCUAGAACCAACAGAACAUAUAGUAGACAGCGACUUGGAAACAAAUGAGGAGAUGCCAACAAGCAGUAAGCCUGCAACGGCUCAUAGCACUGCAAUAACAGCAGCUUCCACACCAGGCUACACCGUGCCAACAAGCAACAGCGCGCCGCUGGAUCUGGAGAAUGAGGCGCAUCAACGGGAUCUGGAGAGUGUAACCGACUUACGAUCAUAUGUUAAAUUGUAUAGCGAUGAGCGAGUGAGCUUGAAUGAUUUUAAAAUUAUUCGUGUUCUUGGAACGGGAGCUUAUGGACGCGUUUUUCUAGUGCGUAAAUUAACUCGCCACGAUGCAGGCCGAUUAUACGCCAUGAAAGUACUGAACAAGAUCACAGUUGUUCAAAAACGCAAGACGGCUGAGCAUACAAAAACCGAACGGGUGGUGCUGGAAGCGGUACAGCGCAGUCCGUUUCUGGUUGGUUUACACUACGCCUUUCAGUCGUCUUCAAAAUUGUACCUAGUGCUUGACUUUGCCAAUGGUGGCGAGUUGUUCACACAUCUUUACAAUGCGGAGCGUUUUGAAGAGCCACGUGUGCGCGUUUACAUUGCCGAAGUCGUACUGGCAUUGGAGCAAUUGCAUCAACUUGGCAUAAUAUACCGCGAUAUUAAAUUGGAGAACAUUUUGUUAGACGGUGACGGUCAUAUAGUUUUAUCUGACUUUGGUCUAUCAAAAAUUUUGACAGCCGAAAACGAGUACCGUGCCCACAGUUUCUGUGGCACUCUGGAGUACAUGGCGCCAGAAAUCAUUCGGACUGGACCCCCAGGCCACGAUAGCGCCGUCGAUUGGUGGUCUGUUGGCGUUUUAACAUUUGAGCUACUAACGGGUGCCUCACCGUUUGCAACGUCAGAUGGACAGAGUCAGCAGUCGGAGAUAUCGCGUCGCAUUCAAAAAGAACAGCCUCUUAUACCUUCUUCCUUUAGUACAAGCGCGCGUGACUUCGUACUCAAAAUGUUGGAGAAAAACCCUAAGCGCCGUUUGGGCGGUAAUCAUCGUGAUGCCAGCGAGAUCAAAGAUCAUCCAUUCUUUCGAGGCAUCAACUGGCAAGAGCUUCGUGCCAAGCGUCGUACUGCUCCAUUUCAGCCAUCUCUGGCCUCGGAAGAUGAUGUACAGUAUUUCAGUUACGAGUUUACUGAGCAGCUUCCAGAGGAUCCCGAGUGCGAUGCGCCGCCCAGCCAUAUUCAACUUUUUCGUGGCUACACAUAUGUUGCGCCCGAGCAUUUGGAGCAGAUGCGACGAGACAAUCGUUGCAAUAUUGAAUAUUGCAAUCAAGGACUGCAGAACAUACCAACACGACCCGAUGAUCUGGAGCUGGGAAGCCGUAAGGCAUUUGGCGCAUUCGGAACAUGUCACAUUGUGGUAGACAACAAUAUAGACACUAUAUUCUUGGCCAAAGUGAUACCACUGUCCAAGUUUCGCGCUUCUGAGGUUGAUGCGCUUACCUCCUGCGCCAUGGAUAAGAACAACCACAAGAACAUUGUAAACUACAUUGAAACGUUUCGCGAUAAAUGCGAGGUUUGGAUUAUUACGGAAAACUUGAGCGGGGACGAGCUCGCAGUACGUUUGCAACAUACCAAGCUCGAUGAGCAAAGCUGCCGUGAGAUCUUUGGGCAGCUGGUAUCAGCCGUGCGUCAUAUACAUGCCAAACAUUUCAUACAUGGGGACCUGAAGCCUGAAAAUGUGAUGUUUGUGAAUUGCGAGGAGAAUAACAAUAGUGUGAAAUUAGUUGACUUUGGCAAUGCCUGCUACAACUAUGGAUUCGAAAGUUGGCAGGAUAAACCUCGAUACACCUUAGAUUAUGCGCCGCCUGAACUGCUUACAGAUCCCAACGUCGUCACGUACUCGCCGGCUGUCGACGUGUACUGUCUGGGUGCCACACUCUACACUAUGCUGGUGGGUCAUGCGCCAUUUCGUAAUUACCAAGGAGACUGUGAUCAGAGCGCCACUGCGCAACACACGCUCCGAAAACGCAUGAAGAAAGAGAACUUCAAUCAGCGCUCUGAGCGCUGGGUAAAUGCCUCUCCUCAAUUUAAACAACUUGUAAAAUGGUGCCUAGAACGAAAUCCCGCCAAUCGCCCGCAGCUCGAUGAUUUACUUAAGAGUGAUUGGCUGCUGCAUGGCAAUGACUACGAUGGAGUUGACUUUAUAGCGCCGCCAGACCAGGAGGUAGUUGAUUUGAGUGAAGAUACUAUGGAGCAGCCAAUUGACUCGUUGGAUACAAAUGAAAUGGAGGCGCGUGCUAUUUGUGUACAGUCACCACAACAGUUGUUACAAGAUUUUGAAGAAACUGCGAUUUCACCUACAGUCGUCACAACAACAAGAGUUUCUGACGAGUUAUUUACAGAGGAGCCCCCGAUAAUGGUUUCCAGCUCAGAAACUUGGGCAGGAAAAGCACCGAAAGCAGAACCUUCUACACUGGCCGCAUUUGAAAUCGCUCGAAACGACGAGGCUGAUGAACCCUUCAUGUUCGAGCUCUUUGAUCCUGACUACGAAGGAACAUCUGAUUUCUAUGGUUUUGAUGAGCAAAUCCCACCACUACGUCUGCCUUCAGAGUAUUUUGUGGAGCUGCCUCUACCGCCGUUGCCUAUAGAUCAACAGCUCCUAAAUGGGACCACUCAUUUUACCAAUGAGAGCAGUGUUACGCAGAUGCGAUCGGCAGUUGCUACUGUGGCCAGCAAACAAGCGCGCACACGUCAACAGUGUCGAGUGGAACGUCACUUGGUGGCUGCUCAAUAUACAACAGAUAUACAAGCAGAUACUAAAGAGGGCUUACGUAAGCUAAUGCAAGCCCUUCCGCCGCCUUCAGACGAACCGCCGAUUAAAUAUCAACGUUUGGCAACAAUACGAAAACCUCGCUCCAGCUACAUUUCCCGCCAGCGAUACCUUUCUACAUCUGACCGUGAUCCUCUUUUAGGCUUUUCCAAAACAUCCUCAUCCUGGCGAAAAACGCGUGCAAGCUGGCGCCACUUUUGCCUGAUGCUUAACGGUGUGCAACAGGUGCUCAAGCACCGCUUUAAAAAAGAGCGUCGCGUCUAUGCUUCGACUUCAAUUAAAAAGGAGCCUAUUGAUGCAGCUUACGAGCCGCCGCUUAUUUUUCCACGUCCACGACUUCCGGUGGUACGAAGAGCCAAACCAGCACCAAAAGUACCUCGGCCACCGACACGUGUCCAACCAGAGAGAGCGCGUGCACUGCGAGCGCGCUAUGUCUUUGAAUGACGACAGGAUGAGAUGGGACUGGGAUUGCAAACGGUGCAAUCGGUGUUGGCGCAUGUGGCCACACUGGCGGCGGCGGCCAUAAAUUGGGUGGGCAAGCACGAUCAUGCUGAACGUAGCUGACGGCGAACGGUGACAUAUGACGACAUGCAUAUGCGCCGUGCCGUUUUGCGUCAACUUGGUGGAAUACAUUUUAUCGGGUAGGCUUAUUUGCGUAACGAAUAGUAUAUACGCAUAUGUGCUUAGAAAUACUUUAAAGUAUCAACAGAAACUCUUUUAGACAUAUUUCAUUUUGAGCAACACCAAAGACAACCAACCCCCUGUCAAUAAUUUACAAGUUGUUAUGUGUAUUGUUACAAAUAAGUUGAGGCGUCUUUGGUUUCAAUAACCAAUAUAUAUUUAUAUUUAUAUAAUAUCAUCUUCUACAUACAGAUCAUCAAUGGUUUAAAGUAGUUAUUUAUUAGGAUAACUGAUUUUAAAAUUAAUGUUUGAUUAGUAUUUUUUAUGAAUAAUUCUUGUAUAUAUAUUUCGGACAUUCUAGCAAAACGACCUGUAAAUCAGUGAUCGCUUUAAAAUCGCUUCAAUUAAUACACUCAAUCAAAUUACACAUCUUAGCAGCAUUCUUUUUAUUUCUUAACCACUAAACUUUUUAGUCGACAUUCAAGUAAUCCCAAGUUGAUUUUACUUUAGCUGUUGAAAAGCGUGGAUUAUAUUCACAGAUAAAAAAUACUUUGUUAUUUUCCGAAAAAAUUAUAAAAACUACAAGAAAAAGAUUUCAAAAAUGUUUUGACUUGUUUAAGUGCAAAAUUAGAUUUAAGUUGCCUGAACAUAUUGACAGUCGAUAGCCCUAAGUUCUGCUUUAUGCUAAGUUAAUUUUUAAUCAGCUACAUACAUACUGCUAACAACCAUUCGAUGCAAUGUCUCAACAUAGAAAGAACAAUUUGAACCGUUCAUACCAUUUCGUAAUUUCACUUGAACCACGUUGUAAGCACUAGAAAAUAAUACCUAUUAUUCACUUUGUACGUAAUGAACUUACUAUUUAUCCUAAAGGCCUAGGUAUAAAUGCACUUCUAAAAGUAGUAACUUCUUUUUUCUAGGACUCGUGUUCAUGAUUGUGAAUAUUACUUAAUAGAAACAAUUUAUUGGGGGUAUCUACAAUGGGUCUGUUACUGUCGUAUUAGCUUUUAGUUUACCUCCAACAUAUUUUCUGAUAUUAUGCCCCUAAUUGUAUUGGAAAAUAAACAUAGGAUUUAUUGGCAAGAAAUAAAACAAACAAAGGAUUUGGACCUCUCUAUGGGCAGUUUACCAUUUCAGAAACCUAAAAAGUUAAUAGGCGUAAUGUAAAUACCCUUUAUGUUUAUUACAUAUUGUUAAUUUACUCUUUAUAUUUUUGUUGUUUUGUUUAGCAGAAGUAGACGCUUGUUGAUUCUGUAUGCUUACACAGUGAACUAUUUUUAUUUUAGGUCCUUUAAGUUGAAAAUUGAAAAUAAAUUUUUACAUGAAACUAUGAA